AUGACUAGCAUCGACGACAUUGCCAGGCGCCUCCUCGACUCGGCAGACUGCAAGCGGCGGCGACUCGUUGUCGCCAUCGGCGGUAUCCCGGGCAGUGGCAAGAGCACGCUGGCGUACCCACUCACUGGCGCCGUGAACGCUCUUCACAAGCGUCGCGGCGGCUCUGGCGACGUUGCAGUCUGCAUCGGAGUGGACGGCUGGCACUACUCGCAGGCGACUUUGAACAACAUGCCAAACUCGGAAGACCUGUUUGCGCGGCGCGGAGCUCACUACACCUUUGACGGCGCGGCCUACACCGCCUUCAUCAGGCAGCUCGACACCCAGGCGCGUGUGCCGUUCCCGACCUUCUCUCACGCCGAAAAGGACCCGGUGCCCCAUGGAGGCGAGGUCGCGCCCGCCCAGCGGAUCAUAUCGGCCGCCGCCAUGCUGUAUACGCGUCCUUCACACGCCGCGGAUUCUCAACUCUGUGGUGCCUCCGGCCCACCCACAGUCGGAGGUGCGGGCCGUGCCGUGGCCCCGGGCCGCUCAGCGCAAGCCAAGCCAAGCCAAGCGCCGCCAUACACUCGUGUGCCUACUCCCCCUCGGUGUCUUGAUCAUAUCCCUGCCUCUCCGCCCACACCGGCUGACAUGAACAGCAUCAUCGAAGGCCUACACGCCCUCCUGGACCUCGCCCCUUGGAACAGUGUUGCGGGGCGGUACGACGAGCGUAUCAUGGUGGACACGGCGACGUCGCUGGCGCGCUCGCGCAUCAUUGCGCGGCACCUGCGCGACGGAGUCGAGCGCACCGCCGCCGCGGCCACACGCCGUGCCGACGAGAGCGACAUGCUCAAUGCCGCGACGCUACUGAACAACCUCGUCCCACCGUCCAUCACCGUCGACUUUGAGGCGGGCACCGUCAAGUUUGCCGCGGCCGACGACGCGGGGUGCGAGGCCCACACCGAGUGGCGGACCACCGAGGGUGUGCCCAUCACGGCAUAG